AUGUCAAUCCAUCUUCCAGAAGAGGUAAUCAACAGCAUACUCUUAAAGUUACCAGUAAUUUCUCUAUUAAAACUCAGGUGUGUUUGUAAGAAAUGGUUAAAGCUGUUUAGUGAUCCUAAUUUUAUUGAAAUGCAUCAUAAACAUACUAUUGAAAGGAACAUAUGGAGUCUCAUGCUUCUUGUUGAGACAUCAGAAUUUUCUACGCAGAAAAAUCGCCUGUACUCGGUAGAAUUUCGUACUCCCUCGCCAUCGUCAUCAUCAUUAACCACUUAUUAUGAAGAUGUGGGGAUAGAUUUACCACGGUGUUCUAUCCCAAAUUAUGAAUGGGUUGGUGUUAUGGAGUCUUGUGAUGGUUUGAUUUACUUGCGUUAUGAAGCAGGGCAUGUUUGCCUUUUCAACCCAUUUACUAGAGAAUUUAAGGAAAUACAAUUACCAGUAUUAGUUGCUGAUGACUACGAUUUCAGUAUUUAUGGAUUUGGAUACGAUUCAAAGAUUAACGAUUUCAAGAUUGUAGACAUCUCCGUCACUUGUGAGGAGAGAGGUGAGGCAUUGGGACCGAAUUCAUGGACAAGUAUAGAGAAAGUGUUACCUGUUCACGACGAUGAUAUGGAUGGAGAAGGGGUGUUUGUUAAUGGAGCUCUUCAUUGGUUGACAACUUCUUGCAUUUUAGCUUUCGAUAUCGAGGACGAGACAUUCCAAGAACUGCCACAACGUGUCUUCGGUACUGAAAGAGGGAUCUGUGUACUGGGUGGAUGCCUUUGCAUAUCUAGCAGAAAAGAUAAUGUUAGUUUUGAGGUAUGGGUGAUGAAUGAGUAUGGAAUUGGAGAGUCUUGGAGUAAAUUUUUUGCCAUAUCCUCACCAACAUUUGAAAAGUGGACAUAUUUCAAACCAAUCCACUCUUUCGAGAAUGGUUUGAUUCUUUUACGGGUUGGUGAUUCACUUGUUUCGUAUUACCCAAAGCAUAGAACAGCUAGAACUCUUGAGUUUCAAGGGAUUCCAGCUUGGGCCAACUUAACUACUCUGUUUGGAAACCUAGUGUCACUUAACUCGGGUACCUAUAUGCGGUCUCAGGAACAAACAGAGGAUGGAGCAGAAUACAUUAACGGGAUUCCGUUUUGA